GGGUUUACGUCUUCUCCUACGCGAUCGAUUCCCCCGUCCACGAGAGAAGUCGCAAGUUGUGCUUCGAAUUCGUGGGGACGAUGGCGGCUGCUGGAAGCAAUAAGAUCAAGAACGCGAAAUUGGUUCUUCUCGGAGAUGUGGGGACUGGAAAGUCUAGCCUGGUAUUGCGUUACGUAAAAGGCCAGUUUGUUGAAUUCCAGGAAUCAACAAUUGGCGCUGCAUUCUUCUCACAGGCAGUCGCAGUCAAUGAUGAGACAGUGAAGUUUGAGAUUUGGGACACGGCUGGGCAAGAGAGGUACCACAGCUUGGCUCCUAUGUAUUACAGAGGAGCUGCAGCUGCUGUGAUUGUUUAUGACAUAACCAAUCUGGCUACAUUUGCUAGAGCAAAGAAGUGGGUUCAAGAACUUCAAGCUCAAGGUAGCCCAAACACUAUAAUGGCUCUUGCUGGUAAUAAAGCUGAUUUGUUCGAGGCUAGACAGGUUUCUGCUCAGGAAGCCCAAACCUAUGCUAAUGAGAACGGUCUCUUCUUCAUGGAAACUUCUGCUAAAACAGCAAUCAAUGUUAAUGAUAUAUUCUAUGAAAUUGCAAAAAGACUAAUCCAAGCUCAGCCAGUACAGAACCCUCAAGGAAUGAUUCUAGCUGGUAGGCCAAGCGAGAGACCAUCCACUGCUGCUGGUUCUUGCUGCUCUGCCUCUUAGUGAUUUGCUGGUUUUCACUGCCACCCAAUGCUUAUCUAUUAAAUGAAAUGAAACUGCUUCUUGGUGGCAGAUGCUUGGUUUAUGAUUCCAGAAAAGUGCAGGAGAGGUUCUGAUGACCCAUUUAUUGCAAAUGUAAAUGGAUGAUGUCCUCUUUGUCAUAUGCAACUUUAUUUGCUAGUUAUCUGGAACUAAUCCCAAUUCCAUAUUUUUCUUC